GCUUGCAGACGCUGUGCAUCCAGCUAGUUCUUUGUGAGGACUCCAUCUGCAGGAGGAGGGAAGGGAUUUCAGCGCUCUCUCCAUUAACAACAAGCGGCUCUGCUUUUUUUAUUUUUUUUUAAAUUUUUUUUUUUGGGAAAACGCAAGGGAUAAAUCAUUUUUAGUAGAAUAGUUUUUUUUAUUUUUGCAAAGAAAGCACAACCUAUAAAAACAACCACUCGCCAUGCCUAAGAGAAAGGUCAAUGCCGCUGAUGCUGGUGAUGCCAAGGAUGAGCCCAAGAGAAGGUCGGCACGGUUGUCAGCUAAACCAGCUCCACCAAAAGCCGAACCAAAGCCAAAAAAGGAAAAGGCACCAGUAAAGGAGAAGUCUGAGGACAAAAAGGUUCCGGCAAAGGGAAAGAAGGGAGCUAAAGGCAAACAGACUGAAGAAACUAACAAAGAAGAAACUAAGGAAGAUCUGCCAUCCGAAAACGGCGAGACAAAAAGUGACGAGGCCCCAGCAUCCGAUGGAGGAGACAAGGAUUCCAAAUCUGAAUAACCUACAUUUGUUCAAGUCUUUUAUCAGUGGUUCCUGUACCUCCCUUGUACAAUUCAGAGGAAUAUUUUUAUCAGCUAUUUUGUAAAUGCAAGUUUUUUAGUAGUUUAAUUCUAGAAAACACAUUUUUAAAACAGGAGGGAAUCCCACCACGUCUUUUUUUUUUUUUGUUAAUUUUUAUUGUAUUAAUGGAAUGUUAAGCCCAUUGUAUACAGUUGUCAAUUGUCUAGGAGUUGUAAACCGAGUGUUGCGAUAAUCGAGCAAAGAAAAAACGGCGGGACCCGCUCCUGUCGAGAGGGUUAAAAUGCGUAAAACUUUAAAUUUUUCCCAUUUUGUGACGUAACGCCUUCUGCUAUCUUUACGUAGCAGAUUCCCUGAUAAGGGAUGAUGGCAAAGCUCAGUGUUCCUAUACGGGCUGACACGGAUGACAUCACUAUUUUUUUUAUUUGUCUUAACAUUUUAACUGUUCUCUGUACCCAUAUUUGUCUUGCGUAUAAUUUUUACAAACCUAAUAAAAAAAGAAUCCCCUGGUGUUGGAUUUCCCUCUAAAAAAAAUUGUGUACUUAUCUGUGAUGUUACCAUAUUUUUCCUAUUUUUUGGGUAGUGGUAUUUUUUUUUUUUUUUCAUUUCAGUAACUGUAAAAGUGCUGUGAAUCUUUUUUGAAACCUUCGAGUGUGUAGUGAGUGUGAUGUGAAGUACUGGGAAGUCAUGAAAAAAAUACUACAAUUUAAAAAAAAAAAAAUGCGGUUAACUUGUCGACCACGUCACUCCCCAGGGCGGCUGCAUUAUCGUUGAUUUUUUUUUAUUUUUUUUGUUAGUAUCUCUUUUUUGCCAUCUCCCUUUGCAGAGAAUGGGGGGUUUUAAGCUAACGUGUUGGAAGAUACUGGUACGAGGGGUGCUCUGUUAAAUUUUUUUACAAAGGAAAAAUAAAAAAAAAAACAACUUGUAUUUUGAACUUGGAGUUGAGAAAAGCCGCUAGUUUUUUGGAUUCUGAUUUUUUCAUUUUUUUCAUGUUUUUAUUCCUAGAUUUCCAUUCUACUAGAGUUUAAGGUUAAAAAAAAAAUGUACAGAUUGUUCAUAGUGUCUGUGUACUGAUCACCAAACCAAUAAAACCUGGUUGAAAAAAUUAUA